UCUCCUCUUUAUCUGUGUAGUGGAUUCCCCAUACCACUCCGCACAACCUCAGAAAGGGAGAUUUCGUUAACAAAAACGCUCCUUUUUUCCCAUUGCCUCUAGAUUUCUCUCAAUCCUUUUUGUUAAGAGUCUCUCUCAUACCCACCAGAAAGAGGGAAUUGUCUUAGCUUUUAGGCUUUGGAGGGAGGGUUUAUUUUCCCAUAGCUUCGUUAGCUUCCCCAACAACAAAAAAAACACAAUUAUAUGAUAUAAAACGACAAACCCAUCACCCAGUUCUCUUUCGCACGCCAUUCUUUUAUGAUUCUUCAUCUUUCACCUCACAAUCUGAUCAACUCCCUGAUUCCUGUUCGAAAUUGGUCUUCUUUUUGUAAAGGGGUAUCUUUCGUCUUAUUAGUACUAGUGCUAGUAUUGAUUUUCGACAAACCCUUUGAGGCCAGAUUCAACAAGAACAACCACAAGCAACGAAUCAACAUGAAGGUCCACCCAAUGCCCAAGAAGCGAAACAUCACCAUCCAAUACGAUAUCAACUCAAGAAACCCUCUCUCUGAGGCUCAGGUGCUUCUGGGUCUGAGCUCCAAGAAGCUCAGGCGCUUGCCCCACGUCUUCAGCCGGGUCCUGGAGCUUCCGUUUCGGUCCGACGCCGAUGUAUUGGUGGAGGAGAGCCCCGAUUGCUUCCGAUUCGUCGCCGAGACCGACACCGACAUCGGCGACGUGCGGGCUCACACCGUGGAAAUCCAUCCCGGCGUGACUAAGAUCGUUGUGAGGGAAAGUGGGUCGCUUCAGUUGUCCCUGGACGAGCUUGAACUCGACAUGUGGAGGUUUCGGCUGCCCGAGUCGACUCGCCCCGAGUUGGCGAGCGCGGUCUUUGUCGGUGGAGAGCUUAUCGUGACGGUGCCAAAGGGCGAGAUUGGACUGCAGAGUGCUGAGGAAAACGGUGGUGGUGGUGGGGGAGAUGAGGAGUUUUGGAGAGAUGGGAAUGGUGGGGGCUUUAGAGGAGGUAUUGGAGGUAGGCUUGUGCUUGUACAGUAAUGAAGAUUAAGCCUGCCUUUUUUUUAAUUUUUUUAAAUUAUCGUUGCUUUUGCAUUGGGCUUUUUUAGUUUGCAAGUUAGUUUUGAGGUUGUUGGUGAUGGUGGGACUACUUUUUGUAAGCUUCCUUUGUUGUUAAAUCAAGAAAUGUUGUUUUCUGUUACCCGAUAAGUAUGGUCUCAAUGGCAAUGGCAAUGGCAAUGGAUAUAUGAUCUCAAUGGCAAUGGCAAUGGAUAUAUGAUCAUUGGAUCUUAUUUUCAGUUCA